AUGUUGCUCACCGGCUCAGUGCUCCGUGGACUCAUCGCUACCAUCUACCUUAUCACCCUCUCCACAUCGGCCACCCUUACUUUGAUCUACUACUCCGAACCCGUCAUAUUCGCUUUUGUCAUCACCGCCGUCUGCCUGUUGGUCCUUACCUACCCGAUACUCUGCUUAUUUGCAGUAUCCAGACAGUAUGACUUGGAGAUUCGCGGGCUUUGCAGUGGUGGAUUCCAGUGGAUUCCAAAUUCCCAAUUUUUGGCGGGAAAUCAGAAGAUAAAAGUGUUGGAGGAGAAGCCGACGAAACUCGACGAAGCUUUUAUAUAUGCUUAUAUGUAA